CUCUUAGAGAACGGACGCGACAGUUCGGGCCUUCGUAGUGCGCGUUUGCUUUUUCUGCCUGGAGAUGCUGAACAAGUUCAUCCCCGUCUGCUAAAUAGAACGCCAUUCGUGUCGCGAUUUGGGACGGAAACCCUCCGAAGUCACAUGCCGCUGCUUCCACUCGAAGCCGUUGACAUGGUCGUUCGGUAAAGUCGUUGAAAUAAGAGCACUUUUCAGGCUGAAAACCUGGGGAAACUGUCGGAGAGAUAUCCCGACUUCCUCCUUUAACAAUAUGGCACAGAAAAGGACCAUUCACUCAUUCUUCACUCCGGAUCCAAAGAAACAGCGAAUCGCAACGAUUGCUGACGAAGAUGAGACACCCACUUACUCCUCACACAACACAUACCCCUUUCCUAUCAGGGACCUCUCGAAGUCCAUCACUAAAGAGCUCACCUCCCUUCCAGCCAGACCAGGAAGGCCCAUAAACGACCAACCAGAGCUAGACCUCAUCUGCUUUGAGCCAUUCAUCCCCUCCUACCUCGCCAAAGACCUCUUCCACUUCCUCCGCUCUGAACUCCCUUUCUACAGAGUAGAGUACUCCAUCAAAAGAUUCGGUGUUGAGACUCAAAUCCGCACCCCAAGGUACACCACCGUCUUCGGACUCGACCACACCUCCCUCUUUGACGACGACAACCCCAGCAUCAUCCUCGACGCCAGAACCCACACCCGAAUCAACAUAGGUGAAGCCUACCCACGGUACUCGCCCCGUCCAAUACCACAAUGUCUCGACGCUCUCCGCAAAUCAACCGAAGCGGCCACCAACUGCAAGUUCAACUUUUGCCUGGUGAACUACUAUGCCACAGGAUCAGACAGCAUAUCCUUCCACAGCGAUGACGAGCGGUUUCUCGGUCCAGAACCAGCUAUCGCCUCCUUCAGCCUAGGAGCAGCAAGGGAUUUUCUCAUGAAACAUAAACCUGUCCCACCACCCCCAGACGGCCAAACAACAGUAUUCAAGCAGCUCAAGUUACCCCUCGCGAGCGGCGACAUGAUUCUCAUGAAGGGCAAAACCCAAUCUAACUGGCUGCACUCUAUCCCGAAAAGAGCUGGCAAAAGCAGCCAGUAUGGUGAUGGAAGGAUCAACAUCACCUUUCGGAGAGCCAUGGUGAAAGGAGGGACUGAUAAUUACUAUAACUACAAUGUCGGCAAGGGUCCCGUUUUCAGAUGGGAUGACACAGCCAGGGAAAUGAAGGAGUGGAAGCCAGCCCCCAAAGCCAGCACGGAACGUAAACCGAUCACAUAUCCCAAACCAGAGAAGGAUGAGCCAGAAAAAGCCGACUGAUUUUGAAUUUUCCCAAAAGUCUAUUCACAGUAUCUAACAUGCUCUUCGCUGGCAGAAUGAAAAUGACGAGACAGAAACAAUGAAAAAAGAAACAAAACAAGAGAAAACCGCCGCCCUGUCGCCCAAUAUCGUCCUCGUAUGACCCUGUCCUCUAUAUCAAAACCCAGACAGAAAGAAGAAAGGAAGAGCAAUAUCCGCCCUACCUCCCCAUUCUCAUCUGCGCCUUGGCAAACUUGCACAACGCCCGAUAGAAAACCUGGUACCCCACCCCUUGGUUAUCCGGCACAUGGAAAAUCUCCGUCAACCGAAUCUGCCACGGUGGGUAACCGGCAAGCUCAACAAAGGGAUUGAACAACACAAGCAGGUCAGGCUCCUCCAUGACACUCUCGCUCAGCUCGGCGUCUACUAGCUCGGUGGUGAUGUCGACGGGCUGGAGUUUUUUACGCUGGGACAUCUCGGCAAGGGUCUUGGUCAGGUCAACAAUGGAGUCUCUGCCAUCUUCGGCAGAGAUGAGAAGAAUAUUAAUGUUCUUGCGGUUCUCAUUGUUGGGGCUGUUGCUGAGGGACAGGAGACCGGAUUGGACUGGCGGGAUGUGAGGGGCACCGAGCGAGACGGAGGGGAAGGAGGGGCCGAAGUAGGUUUGGAGACGCUGGGAGAUGGUCUGGUGGGUUUCCUUGACGUAACCUUUGAGGAUGCCAGUUUUCUCGUAGAUGGAGAGCUGAGUGAUGCCCGCGCUAGCGCACCAGGCGGCAAUGUCGGCUGCUUCGUUGACGAGCUUUUCGAGGCCGGCUCCGCUGCGCCCUUGAUCCUCGAGGGUCAGGAUGACGCUGAGGUGUUUGGGAAGGCGACUGAGGUCUUUGAUAUCACGCUGUAUUAACUCGGGGGAGUGGUGGUGGUGGUGAUAGACGGUGUAGAAGCGGUUGCCAAUGGCAUGGUAAGCCUGGCGGAGGCGGAUGUGGAUGGAGAAGUAGAGGUGGAUGAGGGCGUAGAUGAAGAUGUGGAAGUGGCGGCGAAGGAAACGGCGCAGACCCAGCUUGCCUUUUCGUUCUUCUCGUGAGACUUGGGAAAGGGAGGCUCUUCGGGUGCGGUCGAGUGGUGGUGGGGGUGAGGGGAGAUAUGGCUGUUUGAUGCUUAACGUCAGCGUUGGUCGGAUCACAUGCUUUUGGUUUGGGGCGCGUACCUUAAGAAGGUUGACCUUCUCCUCGGGCGUCAGAAGCCUGUGACUGAACUUCUCAUCCUUACGAUACCGUUGCAGGUCUUUGGCGCUGAAGGGCAUGGCGUAUAGCAGCUUAUUGUCGAUGCCGGAGAGGUCGGCUGGGGUUUGGUUUUGUGGUGGUGCCCGUAAGCGUGGCUCCUUUAUGAUCCAGCAGAGUUGGGUUAGACGCAAGGAUUAUAGACUAAUCUCCAAGACUACAACUUCAAAGAAA